GGAGGAAGGAGGCGGGAGGAGGAGUUGCGGGAGAGGAGGGCCGAGCGCGGCAGUCGCGCCGGCGCUGGGCGAGGAAGCGGAGCGGGCCGCCGCCGGGAAGCCUUGUGUGGGGAAAGGGCAUAAGACCAAGGAGACAAGAAAAACGAAAAUAAAGGAGGAAAGACAGUGGGAGCCCACAGAAGUAUUAACGGCGCCAGCUACUAAAAUCGGGAAGGUUACAAAUGUGAGCAGCUAUUGAGUUGCUUGGCACUGGGUCACUGCAGUCAGGUGAUGGAAGAUGUAGAACAAAAAAGGGCAUCACACUUGGAGACUAUGUUUGGGGAGCGGUGGCUAUCCCAUUGUCCUUGGGAGCAGACUGUUUAGUAGAGAAGAAAGAAAGAAGAAAAGACGGCAUAUCUCUGAAGGCCCGGGAGACAAACCGUUAUCUGAGCAUCAGUAAACCUGAAGACGUCACUAUGCCAUCCUGAAAUUUUCCAACAGAUGUUUAAAUAUUUGAAAGUGUGUAUAAAUUGUUGAGCAAUCAACCAGACUCGCUACAUGGCCACUUCGCCUUGGCAGCAUCCUCUUGAGCGUGCGUGGCUGGUGACACAGGCGGCGGCGGGGCCCGUGCGAGUUCGUGCAGAGGCUGAGUGUCGGCCGGUAGAAGAGCGUUAGGAGAGACAAGGACAUGGAUUCAUACUCAAAAGCAAGGUGCAGAGAGGAAGGAGGAAGACUCGGGUUUGUUCUAGUGUUACGAGAUGUUUGGAGUGGACAGUGAGCUUCUCGUGUGCCGGCGAGCAUGGCUCCAAAGGGUCUAUGAAGCUGGAAGAGUACCUAGAUGCAGCAUUGCAGCCCCUCCAGAUGUGUGAGGAGAGUCUUCUGGAGAGAAAGUGAUCCUCUUGCAGUAGGUAACUAGUCAUAAUGAAGAAAAUUAGUCUUAAAACCUUCCGAAAAUCUUUCAACUUGAAUAAAAGUAAAGAAGAAACGGAUUUCAUGGUCGUACAGCAACCGUCGCUAGGCAGUGAUUUUGGAAAAGAUGAUUCCUUGUUUGGUAGCUGCUACGGGAAAGAUAUGGCCAGCUGUGAUAUCACUAAUGAAGACGAGAAAGGUGGGAAGGGCAGAUCGAAAAGCGAAAGCCUAAUGGGUACGUUAAAACGACGGCUGUCUGCAAAACAAAAGCAGAAAGGCAAGGGCAGCACACCGUCCGGGAGCUCUGCCGACGAGGACACCUUCUCCUCCUCCUCGGCACCCCUGGUCUUCAAGGACGUGCGAGCGCAGAGACCCAUCAGGUCCACGUCGCUCCGCAGCCACCACUACAGUCCCACGCCAUGGCCUCUGCGACCCACAAACUCUGAGGAGACGUGCAUCAAAAUGGAGGUGAGAGUCAAAGCCUUGGUUCACUCUUCCAGUCCGAGCCCAGCCCUGAAUGGGGUCCGGAAGGAUUUUCACGACCUUCAGGCUGACACCGUGUGCCAGGAACAGAGCAAUUCCCUGAAGAGUUCGGAAUCUCAGAAUGGAGACUUGCAUCUUCACCUUGACGAACAUGUGCCUGUAGUUAUCGGACUUAUGCCUCAGGACUACAUUCAGUACACCGUGCCUUUAGAUGAGGGGAUGUACCCUUUGGAAGGACCGCGUAGCUAUUGUCUGGACGGUUCUUCUCCCAUGGAAGUGUCUGCGGUCCCCCCGCAAGUGGGCGGGAGCUCCUUCGCCGAAGACGAGAAUCAGGUAGAGCAGGACCUCGUGGUGGCCCCGGAGAUCUUUGUGGAUCAGGCGGUGAACGGCUUGUUGAUUGGCACCACAGGAGUCAUGUUGCAGAGCCCCAGAGCGAGUCAUGACGACGCCCCCCCACUCUCACCGUUGCUACCUCCAAUGCAGACCAGUCAAAUCCAAAGGAACUUCAGUGGGCUCACCGGCACAGAUGCCCACGUGGCUGAAAGUAUGCGCUGUCAUUUGAAUUUUGACCCUAAUUCUGCCCCUGGGGUCGCUAGAGUGUAUGACUCCGUGCAGAGCAGUGGUCCCAUGGUCGUGACAAGCCUUACAGAGGAGCUGAAAAAACUCGCGAAACAAGGAUGGUACUGGGGACCGAUCACACGCUGGGAGGCAGAAGGGAAACUAGCAAACGUGCCGGAUGGCUCUUUUCUUGUUCGGGAUAGUUCUGACGACCGUUACCUUUUAAGCUUGAGCUUUCGCUCCCAUGGCAAAACACUUCACACGAGAAUUGAACACUCAAAUGGUAGGUUUAGCUUUUAUGAACAACCAGAUGUGGAAGGACAUACGUCUAUAGUUGAUCUAAUCGAGCAUUCGAUCAGGGACUCUGAAAACGGAGCUUUUUGUUAUUCACGAUCUCGGUUGCCUGGAUCUGCGACUUACCCGGUCAGGCUGACCAAUCCAGUAUCACGGUUCAUGCAGGUGCGUUCGUUGCAGUACCUGUGUCGGUUUGUUAUACGUCAGUACACCAGGAUAGACUUGAUUCAGAAACUGCCUUUGCCAAACAAAAUGAAGGAUUACUUACAGGAGAAGCACUACUGAAAGAUUAUGAGAACCCUGCAUCUUGCACUUUGGGAUUUAGAAAAAGAGAUUGAAAUACAGUUUACAAACUUUCAUUGCUAUCAAAAUCUUUUGCUGCCAUACUAUUUCAGUUUUAUGUGUAAAAGUAAUCAAUUUGUUUAGGGGUGGGGAAACGUGUCAGCAAGGUGUCUUGGGUUUAUUUUGGUUCUUUAAAAAGGGAAGUCUUGAGGUUUUGGAAGUGUGAAUUAUCUUUCAUAAAUGUGCAGAAUAAAUCACAAUGUGAAUUAUCAGAUUCUCCUUAACCACCCCCCUCAAGUCCUUUGCUGCUAUCCACUGUGAUUUUUAUGCAUUAAAAGCACAUUUCAUGUGUAUUUGACCCUAAGUAAAGUUGAAUGAAACUUACAGAAUGAAUAUCGUUAUGUCUCUUUAAAUGGCCUGUUUUCAAAGAUCGUGUUGAAUAAACAUACCCGUAUGAUAAAACGCAGGAUUUACACAUACACUGAAAAUGAUUUUUAAUCUCAUACUUUAGAAAGAUUUAUUUAGAAUUAUGAUUUGACAUAAUCUUGGGUAUUGGAAUGCAGAACUGCAACAUAUCUUUUAUGACAUUUCUAAAUUGUUUUUGAGGUUGUGCUGUUUUUUGGUUGUGAAAAGUUGAAUUUUUCUGUUGCCUUCAUUUUCAUCUUGUGGUUCGUCUCUUAAUAAAUGGCCUUACAUUAAAAAAAAAAAAAACAUAAAGAAGUGUAUACCACCAAUUUAGAAAUUGUUGCCUUUUCUGUCAUUAAGCUCUGGUAUAAAUUGGCAUAACAUAGAAAGACCUAUGAGACUGGAACUAUUAUUGAAGAGAUGCUAGAUGAUCAUAGUUUCCUGUGAUAGUAAUGUUUUUGCGUUAAUUAUACUUUCCUUUGGUAAGGUGUUUUCUCUGUGAUUCCUUUAGCUUAGCCAGCAUUUUCUUUGGGUGAACUUGAUGUAGAACAGAUUUUCAUAAAAGGACUAGAUUCUCUUGCAAAAUUUAAGUUUAUAUAAAGUUUUAAAUUGAUUUGAGUAGAAACAUUGUUUUAGAGUUGGAUUUAUAUUCUUUUACAUAGUCACUAUUGAGAUGUGCUAGAUUUGACCCUCCCUUUUCUCCAUCAAAAACACAAAAAAACCCCAAUGACUCUAGUUGAAAAACUGUGGAAAUUGCAGAGCAUCAUGUAAGAAGAAUAUUGAGACCUUAUCAGAUGUAUGGAAGUCUUGUUGCCUACCGUAUAUACUGCCAUUUAAAAAUAGUUUUUUUUGUUUUGUUUUAAAUUUAGCUAAGUCUUAAGUAAAUUGGCAGGCAUCCUUAGUUAUUUUAUCUGAAUCAGUUUCUUGGGUUGAGGGGCGAAGAGGAGUGUGUUAUCCCCAGGACUUUAGUUAUUUUGAAAUUCAGUGUUUAUUUGCUUCAGUGAGUAUUUUGGAAGCACCCCAUCUAGAAAAUGUUUCCAUGUCAGAUGAAACCUAUGAUUUAAGACAUUUAUUCCCUUGUCAUUCAGUUAUCCUAUCUUUUACCCCUCAAUUAAAAAGAUGAGUAAAGGUCUUAGGUCAACCUUAAUGGCUUUGUAAUUCAGACACACCAGUAUCCCUGUUUUUUUUUUUUUUGUGGUUGUUAUUGUUUUUUUCUGUUUUCUAGGGUCAGAACUAAGAAAUACGAAGAAAAGGCACAAUAAUAUCAUGUUCUGGUAUUUUGACUUAAAGGGGAAAAGGUACUUAAUUUUGGUGGAAUGUUGAUUGUACCUUGUCACAAAGACUCCUCUUUCAUUUUCUGAUAUGUUUUCAACUAAUAAGAUGGAUUAUGGAGUAUACUGUAAUAAUAUAAUUUAAGUGUUCACUAUAAGCUAUUUGGAUUAAGAACUAUUACAGAGUUGUAAACUUAUCAAAUUAAUGCAAGACAUUUAAACUAUUUUUUUGCGAAACUAUUUAUUUUUAAACAAUUUAAAAUAUAUCUAGGGUGAGUUAAAAGUCCCUGUGCAUCUAUAUUAGAUGGCAGGUAUUGUCACAGAGUCACUGUGUGUUAAUAAUAAGUGUUGAAAUGGCUUCUCCAUGUUUCUAGAAGCAUUUACAUGAACUCUUCGUGAGAUCAUGGUGCACAGAGGUCUUUGGACCGCCCUGAACCCUGUCUUCUCAUGUGGGUGUAGCCUGUUCCCCACGUUUUCCUCAUGAUACCAUGUGUUCAAGAUCUAACUGUUAGUUUCAAGUUAUUAUUUUGAUUUUUCAUCUAAACGUUUUUAAAAUUGUAUUUUGUGUUUUAUGGGGGGCAAGUCUUGAUGCUGUUCUAAUUCAGAAAGCCAGUUUUUUACGUGCUUUUGUAUAUUCAUAAUAUAAAAUACUUUAAGGUGAAAUGCCCUAUCCUAAUCCAGUUUGAAAUUGCUAGGGUCUGAUAGUAUAUUGAUAAACAUAAAAGUAUUUGCCAAGAUAUUAUUUACAAAUAAAGGAGUAUUGCAAUAUUUUCUGCUUUUUUUGUAGAGAGAACUGUUUGGCAUACGCAGCACAAUAGAAUGUGAAAGAUUGGCUAAAUAAAUAGUCUGUUUAAAAAUGGAAAGGGGAAGAGAUCAAUCUCCAUCCUAUAAUUUGGUCUAGAUACCGUUUGGGUGAAUUUCUGGAUUCGACUGAAUGGCAGUUUAGAUGGCGUGGGCACAACCUGUACGUGAUUUUUAAAUACGUGCUUCUAAAAAUCUGAGCUCAAGGCAAGAAAGAGAGAACAGGAAAGCUGUAUCCUUUUGCCAUCAUACAUGAAUCAGAGUAAUUUUUUUGAAUCAACUAUUUCAUCAUAAAACUUGAUGGAGGCCAGAAGCAAUUCUAGGCUUAUCAAGACACUAAUAUGCAUUUGUAUAAAUAGUAAGAAAGCAUAGAAAGUACUUGAAAGAUAUCUCACUCUUUCUCUAAGGAGAACUGUUCUCUUUCUACUUGGUGCAAUAAUCUGAAAACCUAGGAGGUCAAAAAUAUAUCACAGGAAAUGAUCAUAGAGCUAAAAAUAGUUUUUGAGGAAACCAGCUACAAGGGUAACCAUCUUGCUGUUGAAGAAAAUCAAGUGCCAAAAGGUUAAAUCAUUGGCAUAUAGGAAAUAAACAUCAAGUAUACAUUAUAAUUUCUGAGCCAGUAUUACUGAAACAGGAUAAAAAAUUACUAAAAUCUUAAAUAGGUGAUAUACAGUGUCCCUGCUAACUAUAAAUCUAAAUAUCUUAACAAUGCUUUCAGAAAUGCCAAUUUUAAUCAUUGUACAUUUCACAUUAUAUAUGAAAGAUAAUUUGCUUUGUGAAUGAUUCAAAAUAAUAGAAAUUAAAUCUUAAUGGCUUUUCAUCGAAUGUGAAGUCUUAAUUUGAAAAUGAAAUCGCACUACCAGCAACAGACAGUUUUGUUGAAAACUCUAAUAAGGAACAAUUGCCAGUUCCAUAAAUAACUUUAAAAUUCCAAAAUAAAGUAUUGGUAUGCUAGUAAUCACAAAUUUGGUUUCUUUUAAUACUUUUUAAAAUCCUAUUAAGGUUUUUAUUUUAAAUAAACAUUCUUUUUAUUAGUCAUAACAUGGUGACUGUGUAGUUGCUGUUUCUGAAAAGUGAUCCAAACUCUACAUCCAGAGAUGAAAAAUUCUUAUAGAAUUUUGUAAUAAGUAUACAUGUUGGGUUAAAGAAAUUUUAUAGUCGUUGGAGUGCCAUGAAAUUAAUACUUGCAAUCCAGAUUGCUGUAGUUUACACUUUUUCUGUAUGUUUCAAAUCAGGUGUGUACCAUUUGUACUGAGAACACCACAGAAUGAAUUAUCCAAAGUCCAUUGAUUUUACUAUGUGUUUUGGUUUGUAAACAAAUUAUAGUAAUUUCUUGCACAUUUUUGGAAAUUAAUUGUAUAAGAAUUUAUGUAUCUGCUUCUAGAUACAGUAUGUAAAUAAAAAUUUCGUUCACAAGA